AUGGAGUUGGGAGAUGAGAGAAGGAAGAUGAAGGUAGGAGAGGUAGAUGAGGGGUGCGACGUAGAAACAAAUCAUCAUCGCAAAUUGCAGCCUUCUAGGCUUCCUCUCGAAGUCGUGAAACUUGCUGGGCUUUGGUUGGCUGGUGGCUCGGACCCUCUGACUUCGCGUUCCCUGCAGGCACUCAACGCGCCUCGCGUGAAGCUGAACCUCGAAGGAUCACCGACUCCAACCUCCUCUUCCUCCCCAAUCCUCAACUCAACUCAAUUCAAACCACAACCCAACUCAAUUCAAACCACAACCCAACACUCAAGCAAACUGUCUCUCGCACUCCUCUUCCGUCGUCCGUCCCACCGUAUAAUCAUGUCCCUAAAACGCAAAGCCUCCACCCUUCCCACCUCCGGCACAGACGCCAAAAAGCCCAAAGCAAACGGCAGCAUCACGUCCUUCUUCGGCCCUCCCAAGACCGUCUCCACGACCCAGAAGCCAACCGGCACGGGCACGAACUCCGUAUCUUCCUCUCCGGCACCAGCUACGCCGGUAUCGAAAUUCGACAAGGAGGCAUGGGUGAAGAAGCUCACGCCCGAGCAGAAGGAGCUGCUGAAGCUGGAGAUCGAGACCCUGCAUGAGAGCUGGUUGAAGGAGCUGAAGGAGGAGAUUGUCAGUGAUAGCUUCCUGGAGCUGAAGAAGUUUUUGAAGCGGGAGGCGGAGGGUGGGAAGAAGGUGUUCCCCCCGAUGGAGGAUGUCUAUUCCUGGUUUGUCGCUGCCUCCUAUUUACCUCUUUGCCACGCCGAUGGGAGCAAGGCUGAUUGGUACUGCUGCAAUAGGUCCCGCCACACCCCCCUCAACACGGUCAAGGCCGUUAUUCUUGGCCAGGACCCUUACCACAACCACAACCAAGCCCAUGGCCUCGCCUUCUCGGUCCGUCCUCCGACCCCUGCUCCCCCGUCCCUGAAGAAUAUCUACACCUGCCUCAAGAACGACUAUCCCUCCUUCUCCCCACCCCCAAAUAAGGGUGGCCUGUUGACCCCCUGGGCUGACCGCGGCGUCCUCCUCCUAAACACCUGCCUCACGGUCCGCGCUCACGAAGCAAAUUCCCACGCAAACAGAGGCUGGGAGAAGUUCACGCAGAAGGUUAUUGAAAUUGUUGAUAAGAAGAGAAUGGGAGGGGUGGUGUUCUUGGCGUGGGGAACGCCGGCGGGGAAGAGGGUUAGCAAGGUGGAUAAGAAGAGGCAUUGCGUGUUGAUGAGUGUGCAUCCCAGUCCGUUGAGUGCCAGUCGGGGCUGGUUUGAGUGCCAGCACUUCAAGAAGACGAAUGCUUGGCUUAAGGAGAGGUAUGGCGAGAAGGGGGAGAUUGAUUGGAAUUUGGAUGUUAAGCCUGUUGUUGCUGGGAUCUGA